UUGAACCUAUUGACAUGACUUUACCGAAAGACCCAAAAAAUACGUGGAGGCUCAGAUGAUAAUCAUGUUGUACUGGAGACACCCCCCCCCCCCCCCCAUCUUUCCAAAUGCUUUUGAGCACAGGGGGACUGCCGCCACUAGACCCUGGACGGACGUUUGGCAGCUUAGUCAUGCCAACCUUGAAGAGAUCGGUGCUUCUUGCGUCUCGAGAUGGCUAUAAAGUUGGGGAGGGGGGUUAGUGAUGGGCAAUGGUUAACGGGUGAGUGGCUGAUGCACCCCAGCGAAUUUGGUUAAUGAGUGAGCGAUGUGGCCGCGACGCUUGUUAAUGGGUGAGUGUGGCUCACGCGCACACGCGCGCAUGACCGGGUGGGGCGAAGUGGCGACGUUUAUGUUCCUCGGCUCUGCUAAAGUGCGGCAGCAGCAGUAGCAGGGGGGCCACUGCGGCUCAAGAGAGACGACCCCCAGGCGCAAGACCACGGGGCUUCUGGCCACGCCGAAGGAGCCACCACCAGCAGCCAGGAGCCACCACCAGCCACCAGCAGCCACCACCACCAGCCAAGAGCCACAGGAGCCACCAGGAGCCACCACCAGCAGAAGCCACCACCACCAGCCAGGAGCCACCAGCAGCGAGAAGCCACCAGGAGCCACCACCAGCAGCCAGGAGCCACCAGCAGCCACCACCAGCAGAAGCCACCACCACCAGCCAGAAGCCGCCACCAGCCACCAGCAGCCAUCACCACCAGCCAAGAGCCACAGGAGCCACCAGAAGCCACCACCAGCAGCCAGGAGCCACCAGGAGCCACCAGCACCAGCCAGGAGCCACCAGGAGCCAGGAGAUUACCAGAAGCUGAGCCGGCAUCAACCCCCCCCCGCCCGCCUUCGUUACCUGACCCGGAGUCACAAUGCGACUCGCGUUGGUGCUCUGCGCUCUGCUUGGCGUGACUCACGGCUACUUCAGGCAAUGGACACGUGACACCAACUUCGGGAACGGCUCCAACUGGGAGGGCGGUCGCCCCCCCUGUGCCGCAGAGCGAGCCAUCUUCCCCGCAGACGAGUCGGUCUCGGUGUACGUGGAUGGCAGCUUCUCCAUACUGGACAUGUACCUGCCGCUGAACUCGGAGCUGAUCCUGGAAGAGGGUGCCACCCUGAGUGCCAGUGACGGCCGCAGCGACCCGCCGGCAGGAUGCGUCGCGGGCGACGCUCACUUCGUGCCGCAGGCCGGGUGGUCGUGGCUGGACGCGCGCCUCUGGGCGACGGCGCGCUCGCGCGACGAUCUGCUGGCCGGGCGGCCGCUGUCCACCGUGGACGUGGAGCGCGUCCCCUGCGCCGCCGACGACGUCGAAUUCCGACCGCUCACCUCCUUCCGCGUGGGCCUCCAGCGGGGACCCUUCCAAGCCCGCUCUCUCUCCGUCAUGGGAGAGAACUUCUCGACGGAGGCGUCUCUGCGGAGCUACUUGCAGAGCCGCUCGGGGAAGCUGCAGUUCCACGGCGGCUCCAUCUCCGUGCAGCCCGACGGGACGUGCCUGGAUCCCAGCGGCUGCCUGUGCGGGAACGACCGGCACAGAGACCACAUCUGCUCGCGGCUCUACGGCACAGUGGAGGGGGGAGGCUGGCCGUGCCCCGAGCUCACCUGCCCCACGGGGCUCCUGGCCGAAGGGAACUGCUGCCCUGAGUGCGGUGCGUUGAUGCGCUUGGAGUACAAUGCCAAGUUCGACCUGGAGAAUUAUCGCAGCCGAAUCAUUCACAGCUUCCUGGGACUGGACGAUUUCAGGUUUGUGUGGAUGGCGAUGUCCAAGGUGCGGGGGGGCACCGCCGCCGCGAUGGCGUCCGGGGGCGGUGGCUGGGCGCGACUCCUGGGCCUGUUCGGCGAGGGCGCCGCGGCGGAGGAGCCGCACGUGCAGCUGCUGCUCACCGGCACGGACGGCGCUUCCGGCUCCAUGGACGCCGCCUUCGCCCUUGCCAGGGCCAUCGUGGCCGACGUCGACCGCUACGGUGAGAGCUACGGCGUGACGCACGUCACCCUGCGCACCUCGGAGGCCGAGCCUGUUCAGCCUGGGGGCUCCCCGGCGGUGCUGGGCAUCGUGCUGGGCGUCCUGGCCCUCUUCAUCGUCCUCGUGGGCCUCUCCUACGCCGCGUACACCCGCCGCAAGCGCAGGUCGCAGCAGGCAGAGCUGAGUGAGGGUGAGGUCAGCCAGGGGGUGGGUGAGGCCCCCGGGAGGCAGCUCGGACUCUGGGCCAGACUCUCGGCCGCCCUGGGCAGGAGUCCACAGCCGGGGGCCGGGGACGGAUUCGAGAACCCCAUGUUUGAUACCCCCAUGCAGAAGGGUCUGUACGGCCUCUACUCCGAAGAGAACGUGGAGCCCACGGCUCCCCGUGUCAGUGGCACGUGCUUCACCAACCCCGUGUACGCGGAGAGUGAGGCGCAUUAGGCCGAUCUGUCCCGACCCGACCGAACCCCACCGGACCUGACCAUGCUGAGCUUUUUGCCGAUCAGUCCCAACCUGCACGACGCAACUCAAUCUGACCCUGAUCUGACCCCCUACCCAGUCCGAUCUGACCCUACCCAGUCCGAACUGAUCCUACCCAAGAAAAGCCGCAGUGUGGUCUCCGAGCCCAAACCAUGGAUCCUACCGUAUGUACGACUCUGCCCAUUUCCAUCAUUCACCGGCAGGAUCUGAGAUGUUCGUCACGUGGCUGCUCCUGGAGCCGCCCACUGGCUCACUCACCAAACCUCCGUAUGAACAUAGAGACACAACGCCCAUCAACGACCCACACCGUGCGAGAGAAAAAUUAAACCCAUCCCUUACCCGACCCUGUCCGGUCUGACCUGACCGGGGCCGUAGCCAUGUGUUCGGCACGGGCCCUGGUGCAAGAGAUGACUCGGCGCCUUCCCGUUCAAUUUCGCUCCCUCGCCGUAGCCCGGCGCCUGGGCUCCCUGCAGCCUGCGGGCUCUGACACCGGCACACUCGAUGGCUCCGCUACUGGAGCCGACCCAAUCCAGCUCAACCCAGCUCGCGUGCGAUUCAACGCAAGGGACCGCAGAAGUUUACACGCCACGAGUGAUGAUUGCAGCACCAGUAUUUACCUGAUCGUGCUAGGGAGCACACCACACUUAUGCACAGUAACACGUGAGAUAUCCUUGAUCCCGUGCAUGUGUUUAAAAAAAAUAUUUUACCGAAGCUCAUUCAUCUUUUAAUUUAUCGGUGGGAUUACCUCGAUUGCAACGUUAGUCUCCAACACCGGUCUUUGAUGAAGGAAACAUUUGUUUGGAAAAUGUUUUUUUUACACGUUUAAUCUCCAAAUUAGAAAGUUAAAUCAAGUCCUAACUAAACCACUGAGAUGGCUUGUUGUACCUCUCCAAGUGCCUCGUUGGUGUGGUCAUAUUUUUAAAGCCAGGAUAUUUUGGUGAUGGCUCAUGCGAGAACGAAGGCAUAUCGGAUCCAGUGCCGGAUGAAGCUAGUGCGGGGCCUGUAGCACAUGUUAUAAAGGGGCCCGAAAUGUAUUUUUAAAAACACACAAAUAUUAAAACACAAAGUUUUUACUUGCAUAGUAAAAUAAUUGUCUUUUUUCAUUUUCUAUACAGCCAGAUAAUACGACAAAUCUCUAACCUUAAACACCCAGUCGUUCGUAAAUGAAGAAGGCAGUAUAGUACUAUAGUCAUAGAGCAAGUGCAGAAUCACUGAACCGGAAUUGAUAGCUUGAAAUCAUUUAGCGCGGGGCCCUUGAACGUGCGGGGCCCGUAGCAUUAUGUAGCUACUUUUGCUACUGGGAUAAUCCGGCACUGAUAGAUUAUGGGUUAUUUCCAUGCAAUGGCUGAGUGGGUGAGGCUUAGUCGGCCAAGCUUAAAUGCAGGGUUUGCCCUGGUGUGAUUUAAUUCAAGGAUUGGGGUAAAUGUUAAAGUCAUUGACUAUGAAUGUCGUUCACCCACGAAAGCCUCAAGAUAUCCCAACCUCUUUUUUUAAGGAGGAGGUACCUACACUGGGAUGUUUGGCCCAUUUCAUUCGAAGGAUUGUUUGGCAUCUCCGUUUACCCAGCAUCAGUGCUGUCGAGAUGAGGCUCGGAGCAGCGGUCACCCAACAUCUUUUUUGGACACGCGCACCGUCAUCGUCACCGUCAACCCCUUCGCCCAACACCUUCCACCAAAAUCACACUUUCCACAAUAAAAACGACUGAAAAAG